UCAUCCAAGUGUGUGUUAGUUUGCGGACGGCCAUUUUUACCACACGAUGCGGCAACCGUGCGUGCCUGUUCGAUCCGCCAUUCCAAACAAUCGGUGUACGUGCCCUCUACUCACUAAAAAAUUUUACAUCAACAAUUGUCCCGUAAAAACCAUCGAUCCCCCCUCAGUCCCGUAAACCCCUCCGGGGAAAAAUCCCAAAAACCGCCCACAAAAUAAUUGGAACACCGUGAAAAAAAAAACAAAUUGACAGUUCAACGAAUUCUGGACCGCGGGGUCACAGACCAGUGUCUCGAUAUAAAAAAAAAAAACGUGAAUGCUGGUGGAGUGUAAAUCCGUGGCAAAGUGAUAAGCGAGUCGAGAAUAGUAAUAAAAAAUUCGGGAGUAAAUUGGUGAAGCCCUUGUGCCUGAAUAAUGAGACAAAAUGGAGCAUAAAGAACGGUGAACUAUCGUCAAGGUGCGUACGUGCGUACAAUACGUAUGCACGUACGUACAGAGCCCUGAAUCGCGCGUACUUGGGCCUCGUAUCGAGGGAUAAGACGCGUGAAUAUACUCCAGGGAUAGUUGAAGUGUAUUAUUGCAAGUGGUGAUUGUUUUAUUUUGGGGUGAUAGUGGUGUUUUUUGAGAGUUGUGGAGUGAUUUCAUCUCCAGUUCGGUGGUGUAACGCGUUGUCUGGCUGUCCAGUGAGCGAUCGAUGCUGGAAACUGGAGGAAAUUGUGAUUUCACUGGGAAUAGUGAGGAUAAAGAGUAGAUAGCUCGGUAAUUGAGGGGUUGAUGAGUUUUUAUAAUUGAGGUGAUGCACACGAUUUUGUGAUUAUGGAUGGGCUUGACGUGCACCUGUCAUCUUAGAGAAGUUUAAAUCACAAUGGAGAUCGAGGUUAAACAACGAAAUAGCCAGAGGAACAGGCGACGCGAGAGGGCUCAGAGGAUUUUGGCGCAGAGGGAGAGUUUGGCGAGUGCUAAGAAUCAUAAUCACUCGCAUCAGGUGAGACAGGGGCCGGGGGAUGAUGAGGAUAGCCACAGUGGGGAGGAGGAGGAGGCGUUGGGACUGUCGAGGUCCAGCAGGCCCAGGGAUGGCCAUCAGAGACCUGUCAGACCACCCAGACCUCCCAGGCCCAGGAAGAAGUCCACUAUUGCUGGGGGGGCUAGCAAGGAACCACCUUUCGAGGAGGACAUCAUCGAUGGAUUCGCUAUUCUUGCUUUUAGGAGUUAUGAGGACCUCGAGAGUGCAAUAAAGUUAGCUGGUAAAAGUAAUCUGAAGAAGCUACACUCGCUUCUGACAAUAGAGGAAAAACCAAAAGUGGAUACCGGUCAGAACAAUCGUCACAACGAUCAUCACAUUAAGAAUCACUUCAAGCACAACCAUUACACCCAUAAUUCCAUACUGACACCCUCUACGCUCAAUCAGGGCCUCGAUGCAGGAACGAGUGACGACAGCGGGAGAGCGUCGGAACAACUGCAUGGCCCUGGCAUCCCUCGGGAUAGCCAGGACGCUGAUAGUUCCAGGGACCACCUUAGUGAUGCCAGCAGCCACUGCAGCUCGGGCAAAGGUUAUAUCUGUGAUAGUGAAGGGGAAGACGAUAAGGGUUCAGAUGCCGAAUCGAUUCUCUUUGAAUCUUCUACCCCACCUCUUCCACGUAAAUACGAGUUGCCAUCAUCAUCGCCACACGUAUUACCACCAGCAAAUGGUGCUGGUGGAACGCCUCCGGAUACUGGGGGACAAAUUUCAAAUCCAGCAACGGAUGCACCAGCCCCAAUACCCCCACCUGUGCCUGCCUCAGCACCAGUACCAACGGCGCCGAGUCCACCAAGUCCCACAUUGCCACCACACAUAUCCCAACCACCCAUGACUAGUCCGCUAGCAGCGAAUCCUCGUGCAAUAGCUCCCCAGCAGCGUCCAGCAUCACCAGCUCAUCCACUGCCAUCACUGCCCCAGCAGCCACACACGACAAUACCAGCUCUACAUCCCCCAAAUGUACCCCUGGUAUCGUCGAGUCACAAUACAACUAGUCCUGCAGUUGCCAGUCUCGGUGUAACACCAGCGGCUCCAUCAAAUGGAGCUGCCACCACCAGCUAUCCACCCUCAUUGCCAAUGGCUGCUUAUCCACAAACUCAGCCCUCUUAUCCACCUCUUUAUACUCCUUAUGCCUCGUUGAAUCAUAGCCCGUACUUGUCACCUGCUGUACCGUCACCAUCCCAUUCUGCCUCUUCGAGAGCUGAUGUUAGAAGCAGUAGAGCAUCACCCCACACAAACAGCAUAGCAAAACCCCCAUUAGGAAACAGCGUAACGAAUCACAACAGUUCAACCCCCCUCUCAGCAGCAACAACAACGUGCGUGUCAACGAUAACGAAUACAGUUACCACAGCUAAUACAAUAGCACACCGGGACAUUGUCACGUGUAGCCUUGCUGGACGUAUCAACAAUAAUAAUUCACCGAGGGGUCACAGUCCCAAUCGCGAGCGUGACAGUUACAGCAGUAACGUGAGCACGUUGAGCAGAGGGAGUAUAACGCCAGUCAGUGUGCCAAACACAUCAUCCCCAGCCAAUUCUAGUCUACCCGCUUAUUCAAAGGCUCAAGGAUGGAUCAGUAGUAGCACGAGUUCUCAAUUGUCACCAGCGACUGGUACAUCGGUGCCAAGGCCAACGCCCCCACCUCCCUCAGCAGCCCUCGGAAUGCACAAUUUUCCACCACCAAUGUUCGCAGCUCCUUUACCACCCCCAGUAUCAAGUUCCAGUCCUCACACUUCGUUGCCUUCAUUACCACCACCCACCACGAAUCCCAAUCCUUUCUCGGCUGAGUCACUCUUCCAAACAAGGGUGACCCAUGUCACAGGUCAAACGGAUCUACUGAGACGAGAGUUGGAUAAUCGGUUCCUAGCCUCUUCCCAAGAUAGAAACGUUGCUGUAAGUAAUUUAGGGCCUCCACCGUAUUUAAGAACCGAGAUGCAUCAUCAUCAGCAUCAACACACUCAUGUACAUCAGCACACGACUCCUCUGCUGCCUCCACCAGCUGCGACUACCUUGUUUCCACCCCCAAUCUUUAAGGACAUUCCAAAGCUGGGAAGUGUUGACUCCCCAUUUUUUCGUGGCAAUCUCAAUCUCUCGAGUUAUCCAGGAUUCAAUACUGGCCUCUUGCAUCCUGGAAUGGGUCCAUCUACACCGUUUGUGCCGCCUAAUCAUUUGACAUCGUAUGCACCAAAAAAGACUGGAAAGUGGAACGCCAUGCACGUGAGAAUAGCCUGGGAAAUUUACCAUCACCAGCAGAAGCAACAGGCUGAGGCUAAAGCUGGUGGAGUGGUGGCGACCAAGACAGAACUUCUGAGGCCACCAGGACACUUGUAUCCAGGGGCUCCUCCUGGGGGUUUAGGGCUGGGUGGACCCUCUCUGGCGCCUCCCUUUCCCUCGAAUAUGCCUCCUAAUCAUCCUGGGGCACCACCACCUCCUCAUCCUGUUGGCUUUUUGUCCACCUCUGCGUCGCAUUUAGGAACUGGAAUGUCACCCUUUGGGAGAUAUCCAGCAUCGUAUGGUGGAGGAAAUCCAAAUUUCCCGACGUUGUCAGCAUUCCCACCUACCAGAGACAUGUCACAAUUGAGUGGACUCACGUCAGCUGUUCAUGAUCCUUGGAGAGGCCUCCAGCGAGCAGCCCCCGGCUUCCCCCCAACAACAGUCUCCUGGACCCUGAAGCCGGAGCCGCCUCCGAUCGACCGUCGUGCCGAGCUCGAAGAGCGUGAGCGCGAGCGUGAGCGUCAGCGUCGAGAGCGCGAGGAGCUCGAGCGCCAGCGCCGUGAGCGUGAGCGCGAGCGUGAGGAGCACGAGCGUCAGCGUCGCGAGCGAGAGGAGCUCGAGCGUCAGCGCCGAGAGCGCGAGCGAGAGGAGCAGAGAGAGCGAGAGCGUCGCGAGCGUGAGAAGGAGGAGAAGAGGAAGCAGCAGGAGGCAGCUGAGCGUGAGCGCGAGCGACGUGACAAGGAGCGAAGGGAGCUGGAGCGACGCGAGAUGGAGCGAGAGAGACUGAUGCACCAGAAUCGUCAGCACGUGAUGAUGGGGCGGGAGAGAUCACCCCUGAGAAAUGGCACGAUGGACCCCAGCGAGGUACGAGUGAAGGAGGAGCCCAGGAGCAAGGACGACGAUGUUGUGAUGCUGUCGAGGGGCCCAAGUGUGCCAGGGCCUGGGCUCUCGCAGGGCCCAAGUCCCAUCCCAGACCCGAGGUAUCACCAUCCACAUCACGCCUACCUGGCGAGGCAUCCCCACAGCAUUCCACACGGAAUGUCCAGGACUAUGAUGCCACUGGGCCAUCCAAUGCAGCACUUCCAGCCUCCACCACCACCUCCAGCGGCCUCGGGGCCUGGACAACCACCUGGCCCCUGGACGCCUGAUCCCUUCAGGGAUCCCUACAGGUACGAUGCACUCCAGCAGCUGAGGUACAAUCCUCUCAUGGCGGCUGCUGCCUUCAGGGCUGAGGAGGAGGAGAGGGCCAAACUCUAUGCUGGGUACAAUCAGAAUGUCGCCGCGCUCAGGGGCAAGGACCCCAGCCCUGGACCACUCAGCAAUCUUCAUAUGCAUCAUCGGGCUGGCCCUGGACCCGGGAGUGCCUCCAGGCAGGUCGAUGGAAUCAUUCAUGCUGAGAUGCAUAAGAAGGAGGACUCCUCGCAGUCGCGAUGAUAAGGGGGCUCGGGGGAGGUUUUGAU